UUUUUGCAGAAAAAGUCUAAGAUCUCAGCAUCUCGCAAGCUGAUGCUGAAGAGCUUGAUGGUAGCUAAAGCGAAGGAGGAGUUGGAGCAGGAGCUUGUGGAUAAGGAGGAGGAGAAACAGAGGUACCUAGAGGAAAAAGCUCCACCCUUGCAAACCAGUGGCAUGUCUCUUGCCGAGCUUCAGGAGCUCUGUCAGGAAUUACACGCCAAGAUUGAUGUAGUAGAUGAGGAGCGGUACGACAUUGAAGCAAAAGUCCUGCUCAACACAAGAGAGAUAAAGGACCUGAACAUCAAGGUUCUGGACCUGAGGGGUAAGUUCAAACGGCCAAACCUGAGGAGAGUGAGGGUGUCUGCUGAUGCUAUCCUGCGCUCCCUCCUGGGCUCCAAACACAAGGUAUCCAUGGACCUCCGCGCCAACCUCAAAUCUGUUAAGAAGGAGGACACAGAGAAGAAGGAGACAGUGGAGGUGAGUGACUGGAGGAAGAACGUGGAGGCCAUGUCCGGGAUGGAGGGCCGUAAGAAAAUGUUUGACGCUGCUAAAGGGCCAGCACAGUGA